AUGGAAGAUUUGGAAAUAAAACAAGCAUUAUUUAAAAAAGAAAAUGAAAAAAAUAGUGAACGAUGUGCAUUUUGUAAAACAAGAUAUAGAAAAUUCAUAAAUACAUUUAUGACUUGGGAAGUAGUUUUAUUAUUGACCCAUAUUUUAGUUUUUUUAAUAAUAUUUUAUAAACUAAUUAUGGACAAAAAGUUAAGCUCUGUUAAUAAUAGGUUUAUUAGGUCAAUUACUAAUGUAGGGCAUUUUACACAAGGGUUUUUAUUUGUUUUACUGCUAGUUCCAUUCAAAUUUACGAAGAAAAUUACAAAAUUUCUAAUUAACACUUGUAAUCAAAAAGAUAUCCAAGAAAAUGAUAUAGAAGAAAAUGCUAAUGAUAAUGAAAACGAAAAUAAAUUGAGCAAUUCCAAGGAAAAAGAAAAAAAGAUAAAAUUUGAUUCUAAUGAGGAUGCCAAUAUGAUAAUGAAUAACGAAAGUAGCAUUGAUAAAAAUACAGAUGAAGGAUUAACUGAAUAUCUUUCAGAUGAAAAUGAAAUAAAAAAAAAAGAAUCAUUACAAGAAAAGAGUGUACAAGAGAAAAAAAAAAGAGUUUAUUUUAAUGAAGCCAUUUCAGUUAAAGAAAGUGAUAAUAUAUAUGAAAAAAAUAAAAAUACAGGAAAUUCUGUAUGUGAAUCAUUUACUAAUAAACUAGUUUUUUGUGGCAAUACAUCAAACCAUAAAAAAAAAGAAAUUCAAUAUUUUUUUUUAUGUGCAAAAUUAUUUUCGACAAAUAAGAAUUAUGUUAUGUUUGUAAUAAAGUAUGUGACUUCUUUCAUAUUGAUGUUUGCAUAUCCUUUAUAUAAUUUAAUCAAGAGAAAAAUUCUUUAUAAAUAUUUUUAUUUUUCAUCCUAUUAUAUUAAUUUAUUUGAUUUUGCAUCAGGAUUAUCAGCAGGAAGUUCAUUAGUUUUAAUUUAUGGACUUACAAAAUUUUUCAUUAGCUAUUAUGCUAAUAGAAAAAAAGGUGAAGAUUUUCAGUUUUAUGGUAAUUAUGCUUUUAUAAAUGAUAUAAAUUGCUUAUGCGAUGAAAACAUAAAGAUAAACAUACAAAAUAAUCCAUAUUUAAAAAAUAUUGCUAUAAAUUACUUUAAUUCAUAUUAUAAUUAUAAAAAUCUUCUUUUCGGGGGAUUAAUAAUAUUGUUAGUUAUAUGUAUUUUUUCUUUUGGCUUUUCAUUUAUCUCUCUUAACGCUUAUAAAUUAAUAAUACAAUAA